AUGGAUCUGCCUACUCGCAUCCGGCGUGGCGCCCAAGGCGUUUCAUCGAGAAUCGGGACACGGAACAUCGCAGGGCGCACGAAUUCAGAACAACAGGCCAAAAAGCCUACACAGCGGUUCACCGAACGUUUUCGGGCCUACAAACGUUCGUUGUCGGACUUAAUAUUGGGGCCACCCAAAUCAGCAGACUCGUUUGUCACUUGUGAUGGCCCUGGCCAACAGAAUAAUGGGAGAGCUGCAUUGCCCGUGGGCCUGGACUCUACCUGUUCGUACGAAAGCCCAGAAGUAUCAGAAAAGUCGCCGCCUGAGUCUGCUUCCCUUCUACACAUUACGGAAUGCAACAUGGAAUCAGCCCAUGACCAAGUGAAUGCGCAACACGCCUCAACGCUUCGUGACCUCACUGGAGUGGGAAGCCAUCUCCCAACAGACGAUCGUGGGAUUGACCAGGACAGAAGGCGAAGAGACUCGUAUCGCGAUUCGAUCGUUGGGCAUGGGUCUUCUGAUGAGUACAACGUCAACCUUCGUUUUUCGAGCCCAAGGAGUACGUUUGGUUAUCCCACAAGAACAUCGAGCUGCACAACCAACUCAUCGAGAUCUGAGCUUCCGGACGGGCUACAGCGGCAUAAACGAUAUUCAUCCCUCUGGGCACAUGAAUCAUUUGCCGAAGGGUCGACUACUGAAUCGGUUUUCAGCGGAAGGGCGCAGUCGACUAUUUCUAUUUCCUCAGUCGGCACCGUUGAGGCCCCCAUCACAGAUGAAGCCCGCCCUGCUGCGUCGAAGCGACAAAGACUAUCGUCGUCCUCGACAGGCACAUUGUCAAGUUACUAUGAUGUCAAUCUGGACGAGAAUCCCUUGCCAACGCCGCCAAGUUCGGCUGGCUUGCGAAACUUUAGAAAGUCUAUUGAUCGGUCUUCUGCUGAGAGUUUGAAUAUCACCAACCAACUACAAAAUUUUGAGAAACCAACAAAGAAGACAAAUGGAGAUCGACCAGAACGGCCUGUUCUGAAGAUAGAACCUGUAACCGGCUGGCUCAAUAUAGGCGAAAUGGACGAGGAAACAUCUGCGAAGCCGCUCAGCGUUAUCUCGGAAGGGAACUCUGACGCGGCAAACUCGUUUAUGGACACAAGCCCUAUCCAGCCAUCCGGUCCGUUUGACAGAUUGCCUAUCCCCUCGAACCCGACUAGAUCUGGUCGAAGGUCAUUCUCAGAUUCUACAUCUGAGAUUCCCAAUUCUCUCACAUCCCCAAUGCCGAUGGUCUCAACACGCGCCACAUCUAUCAAUGAACAGUCAGAGCUCGACGACGUUAGUGAAGACGACAGCCUUGUUUCUGAUGACAUGGAUGAAACGGACGAUCCAUUUCUCGAAGCAUUCGCAGCCUCCUCCUUGGACCCAAAUCUUCUCCCAUUUGUACUGAACCUCAAAGAUCAUUUGGUGGACCAAGUCGCAUCAAGAGUGGCCGAAUGGGUGAGAUCCCACGCUAUUGGGCCUGGAGAAUCAGGAUCGGGAGGACCCUCUAGUGCAAACUUUAGCCCCAAUAACUCGAGUGGUUCUGGGUCAAGGAAAUCUGGCCGGAAGAGGAGCUUUUUCGGCGAGGGUGGUGAUAACUCCGAGAGAGAAGAUGGAGAUGACGAGCAAGGCAAGAGGCGAAGGACUGAGCCCGACCUCCUCGACAAGGCAGGUCAUGGACUUUUUGCUUGCCCGUUUACGAAACGAUACCCCGAGAAGAAGUGGCCAAAAUGCCACAAGAAAGCCUUCAAAGAAGUUCACCGUAUCAAAGAGCAUAUCUAUAGGACACAUAUGCUUGCUCCACACUGUGAGAGAUGUUUUGCUGAAUUCGAAACGGAGGCGGAGCGGGCAGCGCACAGCCGGCAACAGGUUCCGUGUGAUGUUAUUGAGCCUCCAGCUGCCAUGAUCGGCGUAACGGCCGACAUUAAGGAUAGAUUGAAGUCUAGAAAGGGGAAACAGAACUGGGAUGAAGACUCGAAAUGGAGAGCGAUGUACACCAUUCUUUUUGAAGACCAAACCGAAAUACCGAGUCCUUAUUACGAAUUCGAUAUGUCUAUUGGGCCAAUGAGCCAAGACCAAUGUACGCAGUUUAUCCGACAGCAAUCCAGUCACUGCGAGCGGGAGAUUAGGGGUCUCUUGGAGGAGAGACUACAGGAUGAGCCCGGAUUCGAUAUUCUGCGAGUUCGUGUCUUGGAGACGAUCAGGGAGGCUUUUGACACAUACUUCCCAGCAACGACAGCUGCAACUCCCAGUUCUGCCUCCAAAUCAGAAGGACCUCAAGUAUCACGGAAAUCAAAGUCUCCUGCUUCGAUGUUGUCAACCAUCGAACUGAAUUCUUUCGACAAGAAGAAUGUACCUUCACACCAAUCUACGCCUAUCGAUGGAGAUCAUGGAGCGACCAGCUUGGGAGAUAGAUUGCAGCCAAGAAACGACCUUUCGAAUCGUUUUGCCACAGGACUUACGGUGCAUUCGACACCAGAACCUGGCAGUGAGAGGGACCUGCUUGUACCAUCAAAAGCGGAUGGCAACAAUGAAACACCAGAACCUUCAUGCCCUGGCGGCCAUGAGAGGGGCAUGCUAGCCGGGCUGUAUGAUACCCAGUUCAACUUUUCUGAUGAGAUCUGUGACUCUUUUUACUUCUACGAGGACCGCCCCUUGGAAUUCCUUGGGGAGCACCCUUGGCUUACCGAGCAUACAGAGCCUGCAGUUGAGAAUCCCCAAUGA